GCGGCGAGCUCCUCCGCCCACGCCUCGCUCUCGGUCGCAGCUCCGGCUGCUGGACACGAGGCUUGGACGGGAGGAGGAAGAGAGCGAGUGGGACACUGAUUAGGUGGACCCACCUGUGCCUUUCGUUGAAUCCCCUUCCCAAAUCAUCAACCCCCGCGCUCGUCUUCGUCCGGUUCUCCCAUGUUCCGCCGCCGCCACCCGCUCCUGCUCCUCCUCGCCGUCUGCUUCCUCACCACCUCCCUCCACUCCCAACCCACGCCACCGCAAUGCCCGCUGAACUUCACAGCGCUGCGCCCCUUCCUCGCCGCGCCGCUCCCCUCCGACGACGCCUCCCGCUGCAACUUCGCGGUCCAAUCCAUCCGCCUCCUCCUCUCCCUCCACCUCGCCGCCACCGGCUCCUUCCUCGUCCCCGCCAACACCACGGCCUCCUCCUCCUGCCUGCCGCCGCUCCGCGCCGCGCUCCCCUUCACACUCCCUCCGCCCGACGCAUGCGGCCUCGCGGGCAUCGACGCGCUCCUCUCCACCCCCGGAUGCGCCAACAUCUCCACGCUCGCCGACUUCGACGCCCUCGUGCCCGCCUCCGCCCGCAGGGACAUGAACGCCAGCUGCAACCGCGAGCUCGGCCCCGUCCCUGUCUGCACCGGCUGCACCACCUCGCUCAGCAAGGCGGCAGCCGCCUACCUCCUGCCGGGAUCCCCCGACGGUGGGAACAACGUCACCGGCUGCGUCCAGUAUCCCUUCAUCUACGCCGGUGCCGCAGCCAGCCCGCGCGGCCCUGACGACCCGGACACCGCCUUCUGCCUCUACCUCCUCAAGGAGAGCGCUGCACCCUCCAGCGGGUCCGGCACCCCUGCUUGGCUCUACGGCGUCAUCUUCGGAUGCGUUGGCUUCGUGCUGGUGGUCGCCGCCGCCGCUGGUUCGUGGUUCUUGGUGCGGCGACGCCGGAAGCGGGCCGCCGCCGCGGCGCUGGCUGCGGCCAGAGCAGACAGCAGGAGCAAGCGCUCUCAGGCCAUGGAGUCCAUCACCGCCAGCACCACGCUGCUCAAAUUCACCUACGACGAGAUCAAGGCGGCCACGGGGGGCUUCAACAGAGAUAGCAUCAUCGGCCGUGGAGGGUUCGGGAACGUGUACAAAGGGGUGCUUCCAGAUGGCACGGAGGUGGCCGUGAAGCGCUUCAAGAACUGCUCCGCGGCUGGGGAUGCCGUGUUCGCGCAUGAGGUGGAGGUGGUGGCCAGCGUGCGCCAUGUCAACCUUGUCUCGCUCCGUGGAUACUGCAUCGCCAGCACGCAGAGGGAGGGGCACCAGCGGAUGAUCGUGUGCGACCUCAUGCAUAAUGGCAGCCUCCACGACCAUCUGUUUGGCGCUGGGGAGUGCCUCAUGGCGUGGCCGCUCAGGCAGAGGAUUGCCAUCGGGAUGGCACGGGGGCUCUCUUACCUGCACCGUGACACGCAGCCAGCUAUCAUCCACAGGGAUAUCAAGGCUAGCAACAUUUUGCUUGAUGACGACUUUGAGGCGAAGGUGGCUGAUUUUGGACUGGCCAAGUUUGCGCCAGAGGGGAUGACACAUGUAAGCACACGGGUUGCUGGGACUAUGGGUUAUGUCGCUCCAGAGUAUGCCCUCUAUGGCCAGUUAACUGAGAAGAGCGAUGUCUACAGUUUUGGAGUCGUGCUUCUUGAGCUCCUGAGUGGGAAGAAAGCCUUCAUCUCUCUAAGUGAGGGACAGAGCUUCGUGCUCGCUGAUUGGGCUUGGUCAUUGGUGCGGACGGGAAAGACAAUUGAUGUGAUCCAAGAAGGAAUGGCUGAACCUGGUCCUACUAAGGUCAUGGAGAAGUAUGUACUCGUCGCAGCACUCUGCACACAUCCACAGCUCCAUGCCAGGCCAACAAUGGAGCAAGUGGUGAAGAUACUAGAGGCGGAUUCAGCACCAGGACCUCUAAUAAUUCCAGACCGUCCGCUCCCUGUUGUUGCAAACCUGGCUGAUAUUGAGAGGUCAGUGAGCAGCAGCGGAUCAGGUCAGCUGUACAGUCCUUCUGGUUUCCGGUCUUUUAUUCAUAGAAAUGAGGAUGCUACACCGGAAUCUCCAAACGAAGCAUGACAUUUUGCUCUGCUCAAAUGCCAAGUAAAGAAAGGUUAUGCUUCACAGCCUUUUGUUCAGACUUCACUAUUCUUUUCUUUGUGGUAGCCCUUUUGAGUUUACUUUUGUAAUACAUUCUUUAAUAAAUUUCACUUCGUAAUGUUAUUAGUAAUGGGGUUGAGGGCAGUUGUAUGUUUUCACAAUUUAAUGUGAUAGCUUCAUGUAUAUGGACUGUCUUGUUUUUCUAGUACAUGCAGUAAUUCUUGUC